AUUUAGGUUGAUCCACGACAAAUUUAGAUCAGUGCGUGGCAGAGUCGCCAUCAGCAUAGUGGAACUACUGCUAAGAACGAACGAAUACUUUUCUCUUAAAUAUAUUUCAUAUGUCUUUUGAUAUCGUUUAAAAACAUACAAAAAAAAACGUUAAAAAAUUAAACCAAACAAUUAAAAUAUCCUCAACUCUUAAUGUGCAACGAUGUGUGUGUUCGUGGGUUCAUAAAAAUAAUAUCAAACCUUGGAAUUAUAAUAGUGAUCAAAAUAAAAACUGAUAGAAAUAAAUCAGUGAGUGAUUAUUCAUCUAAUUAUAAUCGCAUGAUUGAUUCUACUUCAAUCAUUCGUUCAUCUUUAAACUGAUCGUGAAAACGACUGGCAGCAUUAUCUAUUAUGGCUUCGUAUCGACGCAACGUUCUACCUUUCAUCGCGUUAACUCUCUUAACGCUGCUCCCAUACAAUCAAGGUGUUUCUCGACCCAUAAAAAUUAUAAAAAUUGGUGCAAUUUUUCAUCAAGAAGAUAUGGAGUACCAAGUGGCAUUCGAAAGAGCAACAUUCGCUACGACGAUAGAAAAUCCGGCACCGGCUUUCGAAUUACGUUCAUCUAUCAAAAUAGUUGAUAGCAGUACGGAUAGUUUUAAAACGAAACUGGCAGUCUGCGAACUUCUGGAGGAAGGCGUGGCGGCAAUUUUUGGGCCCUCGAGUCCAUACACGCGAGGUAUAGUUGCGAGUAUAGCUGCUCGUUUCGAUAUACCACACUUUGAAUAUGUUUGGCGAGAACACAAGGAAUUAAUUUUAGAUGAGGAGGAUAAUCCGAUUAAUCCAACACCUAUGACGAUCAAUAUUUAUCCUGAUAGUGAAAUGAUAAGCAAGGCUAUCGCGGAUGUUGUGGUUUGGAACAAAUGGAAAAGCUUCGUUGCGAUUUACGAAACCAACGACGGCCUUUCACGAAUUCAAAAAGCUCUCACUAUGAAGAGGGAUAAGGAUAAUCCAAUCACCAUUCGUCAUCUUGGUACCGGGCCUAAUUAUCGUUCGACAUUAAAGGAAAUCAGUAGAUUGCCAAUCGAUAACAUUAUUAUCGAUGUUAAACCUGAAAAUAUAAUGCGCGUUUUCCAUCAAGCUAAGGAAGUUAAUUUGGUUCGCGAAUACACGAAUUUCAUCAUAACUUACAUGGACUCCUCGAAACUACCGAUUCUUGAAAUACGAAAUGGCACAACCCAGGGUAACAUUACCGGUUUCAGCUUGAGGCAGAACGAUGUCGACGGAAUUAACCUGGCAGAAAGUGCAGCCCUUUACGAUGCUGUAUUUCUUUUAUACAACGCAUUGGAUAUUCUUAACGAUAGGAACAAAAAUAAUGGUGAUCCUAUUCCUAUCAUCCCGGUACCGCUCUCUUGCGACGAUGAAAAGAAAUAUGAAGCAGGUCCCAACAUUACCAGCAUUAUACGAGAGAUAUCUUUAGAAGGGAAGAUGACAGGAACAAUCAGCAUUGACGAUAUUGGUCGUAGACGAAACUUUAAUCUUCAUCUUUUGGAUUUCCGAGACUUCAAUAGUAUAAAAAUGGGAUAUUGGGAUGAGAAAGGUGUUCAUUCUACUCGCACUAAACAGGAACUCGACCGUUACUUGUUCAAAUCUAUCGAACAAAAUCAUUUCAGGAUUGCCAUCAAAGUGGGUGAACCAUACGUGAUAGAAGUGACAGAUGGAUCAACACGAGGUGUGCCUAUCGAUAAAAAAUAUUACGAAGGAUAUUGCAUAGACGUGAUCGAAAAUAUUGCAAAAAUUCUUAAAUUCAAAUAUUCGUUCAUGUUGGUACCUGAUAACCAAUACGGUUCUUACGUACCUAAAACUAAAUCUUGGAAUGGUUUGAUUAAACUUCUCUUAGACCACGAAGCUGAUCUUGCCAUAUGUGAUUUGACUAUAACAUCAGCUAGAGAGAGUGCAGUAGAUUUUACUAUGCCAUUUAUGAAUUUAGGUAUCAGUAUUUUGUUCAGUAAACCAGAAGAGAAAAAACCUGAACUGUUUUCUUUCCUUAAACCAUUGUCUACGGAUGUUUGGAUUUACAUGGCUACUGCUUAUCUGAUAGUCUCUUUGAUGUUGUACGUGCAAGCCAGAAUGGCACCAGGAGAGUGGAAUAAUCCUCAUCCAUGUAAUCCUGAUCCUGAAGAAUUAGAGAAUAAUUUUGAUUUGAAGAAUUCGUUAUGGUUGACCGUGGGUUCUCUUAUGCAACAAGGUUCAGACAUUCUUCCUCAAGCACCAUCGGUACGUAUGGUAGCCGGAAUGUGGUGGUUUUUCACACUGAUCAUGGUAUCAUCGUACACAGCAAACUUGGCAGCUUUUCUGACUAUCGACAAAAUGGACAAUCCGAUUACGAACGUUGAAGAGCUCGCUAAACAAACUAAGAUCAAAUACGGUGCCAUUGAUGGUGGUUCAACUUCAUCUUUUUUUAGAGAUUCAAAUUACUCUACUUAUCAACGUAUGUGGGCAACCAUGUCGGAAGCAAGGCCAAGUGUAUUUACUGCUACUAACGACGAAGGUGUCGAACGUGUAAUCAAAGAAAAACAAGGAUAUGCAUUUUUGAUGGAAUCGACUACGAUCGAAUACAAAAUGGAAAGAAAUUGUGAGCUGCAACAAAUUGGUUCGUUGAUUGACAACAAGGGUUAUGGGAUCGCUUUGAUACGUAAUUCUCCGUACAGAACUCCAAUAAGUGGGGCAAUAUUAACUCUACAGGAAAAGGGUACACUGUCAGAAUUGAAAACAAAGUGGUGGGAAAAACGUGGCGGUGGAAAAUGUAAAAAAGAUGACAGUGAUAAAGAUACUAACUCGAUAGAAUUAGGUUUAGCCAACGUCGGUGGUGUUUUUCUCGUUUUGAUGUGCGGUUGUGCCGCUUCCUUCGUCAUCGCUAUAUUUGAAUUUUUAUGGAACAUACGCAAAGUUGCCGUCGAAGAAAAGAUCACUCCUUGGGAAGCUUUCGUAGCGGAAUUGAAAUUCGCCGUGAACAUUACUCUCGAUACGAAACCAGUGAAAAUAGCGAAAAGUAGUAGCGGUACCAGUUCAAUGGAAGGUGGUAUUGGCAGAGCAGCAUCAACGGCACGAUCCAUAGUCGGUUCAUUUCUACGAUUGGAUAUUUUAGACAAAUUCGAUAAGAACAAUACUAACAAUCGUGGCAAUGAUAGGAAAAUUAAUUAAAGUGUUUUAUUUUUUUAAGUAAAAGUGUAUAAGUAAUAAUAAGAUUUGCUAGAAAUUGAUUUUUGAAACAAUUUAAAGUAUAUAAUAUAAUCGAUCUUUAAUUUGAUUUCGGUAAUUGAAAAAAAAAAGUAAAACAUUAUUUAUCAUAUAAUAAUCCAAAUUAUUUGUUAGAAAAUUGAAAAAAAUGUUUAUAUAUUGCAUAGAGACUUAGAACAAGUUGCCAAAAAAAAAGAAAAAUGAAUUUAUUAUGAAAAAGUCAAACGAAAUGAAUUCUGGAAAUUUUCAUUUUUAAAAAGUAUAUCAAAAUUCAUACGAUAUUCUAAAAAUUACGCAUGAAAUCGUCAGUGUCACAUUGCUGCAACAAAGAGGAAAAGCCCGAAAAAAAUCGAGGCUGUAGGUCUAGGAUAAAAUCUAAUAAUAUUUGGACUAGACCACAAUGGUACUAACCAACCGUGCCCGUUGGGUCAAGGGCAUUUUACUUCCGAGAAAUUGUUGAUAGAUUUUUUUUUUUCCCUCAGUCCUUUUCCCCUUUGUCCAACCCCCGAUUUCAUCUACCUUUCUCGAAGAAAAGCAAGUAAAAGCAAGCGGCAUGUCCUUUAUGUCUUUGUUACCAAAGGGACGUUUCUCAGAAAUGAAGAAAAACACCAUCACGGAUAGUUUACAGCUCCACGCCGCAGGAUCUUUUUAAUCUUCUCUUGUUAAAAGGUGUCUCUUUUGGUAGAACAGAGGAUUGACUUGUUCGACUUUUAUAAUACCAUUAUUUAAAAAGAAAAACAGAAAAUUUAAUACCUAUAACUAAAUCCUUGACAAGCUAUUUCAAAUAAGAUGAUCUUUCUUUUUUUCUUUUUUUUUUAAGGAUAUUUCAAACUCGUAAUCAAAGUAAUUUGUUGCAUAAGUAAAUACUUAAUACUCAAACAAUAAAAGAUUAUGUGGUGCUAUAAUAAACAUGUA